UCAGUAUUUGUUUGUGAAAUGGCUUCGAAGGGCCAGUUGAACGACGAGCAUGGCCGCUCGGAUUCAUAUCGAGUCGCAACAAUUCCGUCCAGUUACGAUGACAACAAAACAGCUGAUGGUAGACCCAAGUCUCGACGGAAGGUAAAGAAAGUUAGGAAGGCUGAUGAUCUGGACGACCUGAAACAAGAAUUAGAUAUCGAUUAUCAUAAGAUAUCACCAGAAGAAUUAUAUCAAAGGUUCCAAACACAUCCCGAGAAUGGUCUCAGUCAUGCCAAAGCGAAGGAAAAUCUGGAAAGGGACGGACCCAAUGCCCUCACCCCUCCAAAAACCACUCCCGAAUGGGUGAAAUUUUGUAAAAAUCUCUUCGGAGGUUUCGCUCUUCUGUUAUGGAUUGGUGCAAUCCUUUGUUUCAUAGCCUACGGUAUACAGGCCAGUACUGUAGAAGAACCAGCAGAUGAUAAUCUAUUCCUUGGCGUCGUAUUAGCGGCCGUUGUUAUCGUUACCGGUAUAUUUUCUUAUUAUCAAGAAAGCAAGAGCUCCAAGAUCAUGGAAUCCUUCAAGAACAUGGUACCCCAAUUCGCCACCGUACUCAGGGAAGGUGAGAAGCUCACCCUGCGAGCCGAAGACUUAGUACUAGGAGACGUCGUCGAAGUCAAAUUCGGCGACAGGAUUCCCGCCGACAUCAGAAUCAUAGAAUCCAGAGGCUUCAAAGUCGACAAUUCGUCUCUGACCGGAGAAUCGGAACCUCAAAGCAGAAGUCCCGAAUUCACGCACGAGAACCCGUUGGAAACCAAGAACCUCGCCUUCUUCUCCACCAACGCAGUUGAAGGCACCGCCAAGGGGGUUGUCAUCAGCUGCGGAGAUCACACCGUGAUGGGUCGCAUCGCCGGUCUCGCUUCCGGUCUGGACACCGGCGAAACCCCCAUCGCCAAAGAAAUCCACCACUUCAUCCACCUCAUCACCGGCGUCGCCGUUUUCCUCGGGGUCACCUUCUUCGUCAUCGCUUUCAUCCUCGGCUACCAUUGGCUGGACGCCGUCAUCUUCCUCAUCGGUAUCAUCGUCGCCAACGUGCCCGAAGGUCUGUUGGCCACAGUGACCGUGUGCUUGACCUUGACCGCCAAACGCAUGGCGUCCAAGAACUGCUUGGUCAAGAACCUCGAGGCCGUGGAAACGUUGGGAUCGACCAGCACAAUUUGCUCAGACAAGACCGGAACUCUGACUCAAAACCGAAUGACGGUGGCUCACAUGUGGUUCGACAACCAGAUCAUCGAAGCGGACACCACCGAGGAUCAAUCGGGGGUACAGUAUGACAGGACCAGCCCCGGCUUCAAGGCCUUGUCCCGUAUCGCCACGCUCUGCAACAGGGCCGAGUUCAAACCCGGGCAAGACGGUGUUACCAUCCUCAAGAGAGAGGUGAACGGCGAUGCUUCUGAGGCUGCUCUUCUCAAAUGCAUGGAACUGGCGCUAGGCGACGUGAUGUCGAUCCGGCGCAAGAACAAGAAGGUUUGCGAGGUUCCCUUCAACUCCACCAACAAGUACCAGGUCUCCAUUCACGAGAACGACGAUCCCAAUGACCCGCGUUACUCUCUCGUGAUGAAGGGAGCCCCCGAACGUAUCCUGGAACGUUGCAGCACCAUCUUCAUUUGCGGCAAGGAGAAGGUAUUGGACGAAGAGAUGAAGGAGGCGUUCAACAACGCGUACUUGGAGCUGGGAGGGCUGGGAGAACGUGUGCUCGGUUUCUGCGACACGAUGCUGCCCUCUGACAAAUUCCCAACCGGUUUCAAGUUCAACUCUGACGACCCCAACUUUCCUCUGGACGGACUCAGAUUCGUUGGUCUCAUGUCCAUGAUCGACCCUCCGAGGGCUGCUGUACCUGACGCCGUGGCCAAAUGCAGAAGCGCCGGUAUCAAGGUCAUCAUGGUGACUGGGGACCAUCCCAUCACGGCCAAAGCUAUCGCCAAGUCUGUGGGCAUUAUUUCGGAAGGGAAUGAGACCGUUGAGGACAUCGCCCAAAGGCUGAACAUCCCGGUAUCGGAGGUCAAUCCAAGGGAAGCCAAGGCUGCUGUGGUUCACGGUUCGGAUUUGAGAGAUCUGGGCUCGGAUCAGAUCGACGAGAUUUUGAGAUACCAUACCGAAAUUGUAUUCGCUAGGACUUCGCCCCAACAGAAACUGAUCAUCGUGGAAGGGUGUCAAAGGAUGGGAGCUAUUGUGGCUGUAACAGGCGACGGUGUGAACGACUCCCCGGCGCUGAAGAAGGCCGACAUCGGCGUCGCGAUGGGCAUCGCCGGCUCCGACGUGUCCAAACAGGCCGCCGACAUGAUUCUGCUCGACGACAACUUCGCCUCGAUCGUGACAGGCGUGGAAGAGGGCCGGCUGAUCUUCGACAACCUCAAGAAGUCCAUCGCCUACACCCUCACGUCCAACAUUCCCGAGAUUUCUCCGUUCUUGGCCUUUAUUCUUUGCGACAUUCCGUUACCGCUCGGUACCGUCACCAUUCUGUGCAUCGAUCUCGGGACUGACAUGGUGCCUGCUAUUUCUUUGGCAUAUGAAGAAGCUGAGUCUGACAUUAUGAAGAGACCCCCAAGAAAUCCCAAAAACGAUAAUCUUGUCAAUGCUAGGUUGAUUUCUAUGGCAUACGGUCAGAUUGGUAUGAUCCAAGCUGCUGCUGGCUUUUUCGUGUAUUUCGUCAUCAUGGCUGAAAAUGGAUUCUUGCCGAUGAAACUGUUCGGAAUCCGUAAACACUGGGACUCGAAGGCUGUCAACGAUUUGUCAGACUCGUAUGGUCAAGAAUGGACUUACAAGGACAGAAAAACUUUGGAAUACACCUGCCACACGGCCUUCUUCGUCUCGAUCGUGGUGGUCCAAUGGGCCGAUCUGAUCAUCUGCAAGACCCGCCGCAACUCGAUCGUGCACCAGGGCAUGCGCAACUGGGCCCUCAACUUCGGUCUCAUCUUCGAGACGGCCCUGGCCGCCUUCCUGUCGUACACGCCCGGCAUGGACAAGGGGCUGAGAAUGUUCCCACUCAAAUUUGUGUGGUGGUUGCCAGCCAUUCCCUUCAUGCUGUCCAUCUUCAUCUACGACGAAGUCCGGCGAUUCUACCUCCGUCGCUGUCCAGGCGGCUGGUUGGAACAAGAGACCUACUAUUAGGCGCUGUAUCUGAGAGAUGACUGCCACGUGGUGGAACUAGCGGCCCUAAGAGCCGCAAGUUGCUUAGUCGUUUCGGUAGGAUGGACUUCGUGCGCAUACUCAGUUAAAACUUCAGUAAAACCUAUAUCAAUACCACCGAC